AUCCUCCGCCGUGGGGGCGGAGGGGAGGAGCGGCCGGCGUGGUGGUGCUGCUGGGGGCCUCGGGCUCGCUCGCCGCCGCUAGCCCCCUCCCCCUCCUGCAUUCGCUGCUAGGGGCGUCGGGACCCCAGGCGAUUUGGAGUCGGCACCGCGGCAGGACAGUGGAUUUCUGGACUGCGUCGAGAUCUGAGAACUGAUGGGCCCUGACCUAGGGAGAGUAAGAAGUCUCUCCUCAAUGGCCCUUGGUGAAGAAAAGAUUUUGACAGAGAGUGAGACUGAAGCAGAGACAGUGCUGGAUGGGAAUGGCAAGCCCCGUGGAGGUUGGAAGAGCCAGGAACUAGAAGCGCAUUGCUCAAAAGCUCUGGGCAGUAUGCAACAUUUCCUGGAUGCCAGUGGGGGACAAUGCUUCCCAUUGGGGGAGGAAGAAGAGUUGACCGGCAGGAAGGCCGCCCCUGACCACAGCACUGUGGCUGGAGCGUGGAAGAAAAACCAUACCGACAAAGAAGGCAAAACCCAGAGCUCAGAGAGAGAGCCUUUCAUCACUGGCUCUGAACCUGUUUUUAGCCAUUUACUUCCUGAAAACAGGACUGGAACAGGGACAGGAGACCUCUUGCUUACAGUAGGAGCCCAGAUGGAGGAGAAAUUGUGUCUUGACUCUCCAGCGCUACCUCAGAACAUCGCUGACCCUCUAGUCAGGACACUCAGCUCAGGAGAGGUUGCUGACGAUGAAGAUGACCGGUCCAGUUUUGAAUCCCCCCGAAUCUAUGGUCCGAGGCAGCAGUCUUCCAACUCCAGUUCUUCUUUCUCAUUGAGGUGGAGAUCUUUGCUGAACCUCGAUUUAUCUGGCCUUUCUCUUUCCAGUCACAGCUUUCCCACCUCACCUACCCCAAGUGGUUUUCGAGAGAAGACAGGAUCCCAAACCCUGUGGCCUGCUAACAGCUCUUCACUGGAGCCCAGAGCCUCAUAUUUGCCAUCUGGUUGUUUGAGCUCUGCAUUGGACCCCGUGCCUCCAACACAUGGGAUGCCAUGUCUAGCAUCCUGCAGCGGUGGAGCUGUGGCUGAAACAAGCAGGAGGCGGUGCUCCUUUCAGGCUGAUUAUUGGGCCUGUGUGCUGCCCGAUUCCUUGCCUCCGUCUCCUGAUCGUCGCUCCCCUCGCUGGAAUCCAAAUAAAGAGUAUGAAGACUUGCUUGAUUACACUUACCCGUUAAAGCCCAAGACCCAGCUUCCAAAGCACAUUGACAGCCGUGUGCUGGCCGACCCCUUCCUGCACGACUCAGGUGUUGACCUGGAUAGCUUUUCCCUCUCCCCUGAGAACACCCUGAAGUCCCCCGCUACUCUGUCCCAUGACUGCCUGCCCACAGAACCAGAUGCCCAGCUCCCUCCAGAACCCAGAAACUGGGAUGAUAGGUUUUCUCCUGUGGUGUUGCAGACCCAGGGUAACUUCGGAUCAGCAGCUUCUGGUCAAUUUACUUCUACUCCCAAAGCCAGUAGUAGACAUACUCUUAAGAAUGACAAGGAGCAGCCCCUAAUGAACUUCAGGAAGGAACACAGGAAGCCUGUGGGAAGAUGCCUUGAGGAACACUUGCCGUCACCAGGAGAGUGGUCCCCAGGGAGUUCCUUUUCAACACUUAGAGGAAAGAAAAGUGGGAGUGGUCAUCUCCAGUAUCUUUCCCUUGAGGCUCCAGCUGCAUCAGGGCGGAAAACACAAGAGGAUCUAGAAAUUGAAGAAGAGUAUCUUGCUCUGCCCCCUCGGCUGACCCAGGUUUCCAGUCUGGCUCCCUAUCUGUCUGUCAUUCAGACAGCCGAUUCUCAGCCUUCCGUAACCACCAAAGGGCAAGGUUUAUCAGCUGCCUCUAGUGGGAACGAGCCAACUCCCCCUUUGCACCCUAGCAAAAGGCAGUCUCCUACUUGGGAAGAAUCCCUAGGGAAGUGGGGUACUACAGACCGGGGUUGCUAUGCUCAGAUCCCCCGCUCUCAGUUUCAAGAACUUGAUAGGGAAGGUGACGCUAAUAUAUUGAUCAGUCAGGACCCAGGAGGCCCAGCCAGCCGACUGAGGACAGUCUCCUCCUUUAGGGAAAUGCUUGUUGGGCUGGCUUAUUCUGACUUGAAACCAGAAGAGCAGCAUCUAAAGAAGGAGAGCGACCGAGAAAGAGAAUCCCUUCUACAGUGUGUGAAGAUAUUUUGCUGUCACCUGGAAGAGUUGAUUUGCUGGCUGUAUAAAGUAGCUGAAGUUACAGACAACUUGAUUCCUCCAAAGUCUAACCUUGCAAGCCUCAAGUCUUCCCUGCAACUUUAUCGUCAAUUUAAAAAAGACCUAGCUGAACACCAAUCCCUCACUGAGAAUGUUGUACAGAAAGGGGAAAUUCUGCUCCAGUGCUUGUUGGAUAACACACCAGUUUUAAAGGAUGUUCUUGGAUUGAUUGCAAGACAGUCCAGUCAGCUUGAGGACCAUGCAGAACGCCUGUAUGACUCAGUCUUAGCAGCUCUAGACAUGAUGGCUGGGAACAAUUCUGGCCCAGACAGUAAGCCAGUUACGUGUGGAAAGAUAUGAACCAGGUAACAUCUCAAGCAGUAUUGGAAUCCAGAAUUGGUCCAGACGUAGUUGUUUGGAAAAACAAGAACUUGCUGGAAGCCCAGCAAAAGCAAUGGUUUUAUUUUUUUGUUUUGUUUUUGCCAGAUCACACUAUUGUAGCAGAACCACAGCGCUGACCUACUGUCUCUAAAUGAAUUUCUUGUGUGUGAAAAAGUGGAAAGCUACUUGAACUAUUAUUGAAACCGUGAAUCCUCUAAUGAGAACCUUUAAAGGGGAAAAGCAGAAGCCUUCCAGAUCAAGGUUUUCCUCAAAUGGUGCUCCCAGUGACUUUAUAGGGAUUGCCAAGCAACUCAGCUUCUCAGUUCAUAGAAAAUAGCCUAAGUGACAAGUCUGUCCCCUUAAAAAGAAAAGGGAAUGGCAACAGUUCUCAUAGCCACAGUUGUCUCAGGAACUGGUUUGCGUCACUUGUUUUAUUAAGUGUCCACAGAGGGCUAGGAAAUAUGACAUUGAAAAGACUUGGGCUCCAAUUAAAAGAGGUGUCAGUGGCCAGAGGCUUUUGAUUUUUCCACAAAGAAACUUCAUUUGAGAAACCUUAUUUUGCAUGUUUACAACAAGAAAGGCAUUUAUACUUGACCUGCUGAUGAAAAUGAAGACGACUCAUUGAAAGGUUGGAAGAUAUUAACACUAGUUUUCUUGCUGAGGACAAUGAUCUUCUCUCUUGAAUAGAAAGAUGGCACCUCAGUAAACAUUAAAUGCUUGUUCCUGAAGACACUUUAGAUUCUUAUCAAAUGGAUGAUUUGAUGCGAUUUUUAUCUCCAGCUCUUGGGUAACUUACAGUAUUUGGCCUCACUUAAUUCCUCAAAGUUUAGUUGUAAGUGUACUUCUACCCUUAGAAAAAGCAGAAGAUGGAGUCUCCUUAAUUUAACCAGUUCAGUAAUUUUGUACCUUUUUAGAUCAGUGACGCAGAAAACUCCAUUUUCACAAACUUAAUUUUUUCUCAGGUCAUGAAUGAAGAAAUAAAAAGGAAAGCAGGUGGAAUAUAAAAAUCCUAAUAACCAAAAAUUGAGAAAGGGGUGUUGAAUAGUGGAGUAUUAGAAAAACGCACUUAGACCUUUGGGGAAUACUUUGAGAUUUGAAUAUGUUGCUUUAGAAAGAAAAAUCUGUUACAUUUAUGAAGGACGGGAUAGGUCAGCUAUUGAUUUAAUGAAUUAAACUGUGAGGUUAGAGGUACACAUUCUAAAUCAGGGCUUGCUUCUUAAACUUUUUCCACUUGCAACCCAGGGUAUAUAGGUAUAUAGAUUAAGUAUACAUAACCUUUUCCUAUUGCCAAAGUUUUCACAACCCCCAGAUUCAGUUACUCGACUCCAUGUGGGGUUUGAGACCCAUAGUUUAAGAAGCUUUGUUCUAAAAAUUGGUUCGUACAGACUUUAAGUCCUGAUGUCAGUAUUAAGAUUUCAAAUACUUGUACAAGCAUUACGUGAUUUAGUGAACAAAUUAAACUGCUACUCCAAAAAAAGGAAAAAGAAAAAGUCCAACAUUCAACUCUAGCCAAGAAAAUUGCAAGCCCCUGUUGUGGUAGUAUUAAACCUCUCUGAAGCUAGAUUACGAUAAUGUUCUGGGACAUACAAAAUGUAAACUGCUUACCAAUAAUGGUCUAGCCAUUUCAAAUUGUUAGUCAUGCAUUACAGAAUUCCUGCCAAGUCUGUUCUAUGGAAUUCUCAUUAAGGUGGUAAAAUUUUUAUGGAGAGGAAAUAAUCCUCUAAGACUUAAGACCAAUUAAAACACAAAAUGAAAUCUUUCUAGAUGUAUUUUUAAUUAAAUUAAUAAUAUACAUUGUGGAGUAACAGAAGGCUAAAGACAACUCAGGGAUGUGACUCUGUGAUCCUGGGCAGGUGGGACCUUUUAGUGCCCUGCCCUUUUUCCUUCCCUUCAGGCGGGUCUUUAGCUAAGACUGCUAGCAAGGAAUUGCUAUUCUGUAUUGAUGGAUAAAGUCAACAUGUUGGAAGUUCUGACGGUCUUGUAAACACUUCUCUCCCCUCCAAGAAAAAGGUUACAAAAACCAACCCUUUGCCCUAUUGCGACAGUUUGGUAUAGGAGAGAAAGAGUGCUGGCUGGGCUUGGAGUUAGAAAAACAAGGUUUCAAUCCUGCCACUGUCACUAGCUAUGUAACCUUGGGAAAAUCAAUGUACUAUGUGAAUGAAUACCCAUAGUAUGCAUCUCACAGAUUAUACUGUGAUGUUCAAAUGAAAAUGUUUGUAAAGCACUGUGUAAAAAAGGUUAACAGUGGGGCAGCUAGAUGGCGCAGUGGAUAGAGCACUGGCCCUGGAGUCAGGAGUACCUGAGUUCAAAUCCGGCCUCAGACACUUAACACUAAAAAACAAAAACAAACAAACAAAAAGCUUAACAGCUUCUUAAGAGUGUGGGCAGGGAAUAAGAAGACAGGUUCCAGGAGGUCAAAAAAUAUUUUCAUAAUAAUACAUUUUAAUUUCUAAAUGAGAAAUUUGAGGGUCCUUAAUUUUUAACUAAAAAGGGGUCUUUGGUUGCUUGUGAAUCUAUGUUAGUGUGGAGGGAAUUCCUGAUACUAGUGAAAUCACAAAUCUUUCAUCUUUUGCCCCCAAAUACAUGGUAAUCCUUAAAAAAAUUCUAGUUUGCCACAUUUGGCUUGAUUUUAAAACAGGAAUUUGUACAAGUCAGCUUUAUAAGUAGAACAUUCUGUGAAAGGAAAAUACUCAGUACUGUGUAAUAAGUGAUAGCAGAAAAUGGAAUUCUACACUCACAGUGCCUCCUGAGAUCUAGUACUAGAUUUAUACAACUUCUAAAAGGAACCUCCACAGAACAUUCUUGAAAGAGGCCCUUUUUCUGUGACACUCCAAUUUUUUAAGCUAUUAUAGCAUUCAAAUCCUUUUUCCAUUGAAUAGCAAAACAGUAUCUGUGGAAGCUAGAACUUUAUAGCUGGCUGAAAAUGCCAGAGAGCCAAUCAAUAGCCACUUGGGAGGUGUGGGCGGCAAUGAGGGUUAAGUGACUUGCCCAGGGUCACACAGCUGUUAAGUAUCAAGUGUCUGAGGCUGGAUUUGAACUCAGGUACUCCUGAAUCCACGGCCAGUGCUUUAUCCACUGCAUCACCUAGCUGUCCCAAUAGCUACUAUUCUUUAAAAAAAGAAAAUCAUAGCUUAGUAGCCAUGCAGUAAUGCUAAAAGGUAGGCCAAUGCAAGAAUUUGGGGGGUGGGAGGGGAUAUUUUUAUCACUGAAGUUAAAUCUACCUGGGCAAAGUUCCUGAAAUCAUUAAGACAUGUGAAAUGUUGCCUUGCAUUACAAACUCUUGAAACAAGUUUUGUUUAAUCCCAUGUCCCUAUUAGAAAAUAUUUUGGGGCGGCUAGAUGGCGCAGUGGAUAACUGGAUUCGGGAGUACCUGAGUUCAAAUCUGGCCUCAGACACUUAACACU